AUGUCAGCCCAGACAGGCUUGUCGCUUGUCUACCCCCUCACUUGCAAUAUGCGUGCCUAUAUUGGUGAAGCAGAAUUACGUGAAGAGGAUAUGCGACAUGUUCACGAUUUCCUGAUAUCUCACUUUCUGCAUUGGAUUGAAGCGCUCAGCUUGAUGGGACAGGGCUUGGAGAGCAUCAAACUCAUGAACAUUUUGAUCUCAGUUGUUAGCAACCAAGAUUCCCCAGAGUUGCUGGCAUUCCUCCACGACGCCCGCCGAUAUGUGCGGACGUAUUCAUUUGCCUUUGAUUCCUUCCCCCUACAACUCUAUUCCUCUCUCUUAUUAUUCGCACCGAAGAAUAGUCCAAUUCGAGACAUAUUUCAACAAUAUAUCCCAGAAUGGAUCACUGCACGACCACAAAUUGAUAAUGAAUGGGGUCGAUGUUUGCAGACACUUGAGGGCCACAGGGGGACUGUCAACUCCGUUACUUUCUCACCCGACUCAACCUUGAUCGCUUCGGCAUCAUCGGAUAAAUCUGUGAGAUUCUGGAAUUCAGCAACAGGAGAAUGCCCAUUGAUCAUAUCGCAUGAAGAACCUGUUCGGGAAGCCCUCUUUAUGCCAGACCCUGGGUCAAUAGCAACGGUGUCCGGUAGCAAGGUCCAGCAAUGGCAUGUGAAGACAGGGGCACGUUUACAACACCGCCAGGACUGUGGGAUUGACGCUAAGCUCACUUUCAUGGACGGCUUAAUAACCACUUGGGAAACGCACGAUUGGGGAAUUUUCGGGAUCAAAAAGAUGGACGAACCCGAGGUUCUAACAGACUCUGGGAGCCAAAUUAAGGCUGCAUGUCUGUCUCAUGAUGCCAAGUGGCUCGCCGUGGCUGACCAUGAAAAAAUCCGAAUCGUUCAUACAAAAAGUGGUCAGCGCGCUUGGGAGUUGCACCACGACGAAGAUUAUGGCAUUGAUUCAAUGGCUCUUUCUCAUGAUUCUAAAAUGCUAGCAAUAAUCCCAGUACUUGGAUCCAUUACACUUUGGGACGUUGAUACGGGGGAUAGACUACAGAAGAUGAGCAACUACUCUGUGGUCGACGUGGUGAGGUUCUCUCACAAUUCAGCACUAUUAGCCACAGGAUCAAACAAUGGGACAGUCGAGCUUUGGCAUACCGACACGGGAAAACGUUUUCUGAUUUUGAAAGGGCAUAGCAACGGGGUCAAGUCUAUCGCAUUUUCUCACGACUCCACCCUCCUCGCCUCGGCAUCUGUUGAUAUGACCAUUCGGGUAUGGGAUGUUGAUACUCGAGAAGUUUCUGCUCCAACUGGUGAUUAUAUUGAAAGAACUGAAACGCUUGUUUUCUCUAAUGACUUCAAGGUAAUUGCAUCGGGUUCGUCAAAAGGCACGAGACGACUGUGGGAUACGGCCACGGGCAAGUGUCUCCGUGAAUUCGACAAAAAUUCAGAGAGCACUCUUGCGGUGGCUUUCUCACCCGAUUCACAGCUCCUUGCCUCGAUCCCAUCUGAUGGAACUAUUCACGUGUUGAGGGUUCAGACUGGGGAACGUAUUCAUGCCUUGACCGCGGAGGGCUACGGCAGAGUGACCGUAGUGGCGUUCUCACCUGACUCAAAUCUCAUCGCGGGAGGUACUUUUGAGGGAAAUGUGUGCUUGUGGGAUGUUUCCACGGGCCAGUGUUCCAGCACACGAAUCCACCACCCUGACAUGAUUACCUCAGUGGCAUUCUCCGCAGACUCGACCAUCCUGGUGUCGUUAUCUCUUGAUGCGUCUAUUCAGAUCGUGGGUCUUGAAUCUGGACACUAUUACGAAAUAAUUACGCACUACAAUGACAGAAUUUGUUCCUUCGCAUUGUCGAAUGACUCUUCACGACUGGUUACAGCGUUAACUGAUAAAACAGCGAAACUGUGGGACGUGGAAUCCGGAAACUGCAUCCAGACCUUUCAGGGUCACAAGGAUGAUAUCCGUGCAGUCACCCUGUCCGAAGACUCCAAAUCUAUCAUAUCGGCCUCUUUAGAUGGGACAUGCCGGGUUUGGGAUUCGUCGACCGGUGAAUGCCGUCAAGUUGUUCCGAUUCCAAAAACCUGCACCUCGAUCUCAUUUCGGCAAGGAGUCAACCGAAACUGGAAUUUGGUCACAAAUGCUGGUAUAAUUCCCACUAACCGUCCCUUAUCAGACGUGAAUAUUGAGCCGUUGUCGGCUGAAUUCUCUGGGCUUGGGAUCUCAAGUGACUAUAGCUGGAUCACGUUCAACGACGAGAACCUUCUCUGGCUGCCUGGCGAAUUUAGGCCGAAUGAGAAGUCUCCUAUCGUAAUAUCCAAUUCAACAGUGGUUAUUGGCCUUCAUUCAGGGAGAGUCACAAUUAUUGGGUUCAGAUCGGGUCUGUUGGGUUCCUCAUUUCAGUCCCCCAUAACCACCACCACCAGGAGUCAUAAUAACAACCCUAUCACCAGCACCCAUCUUCACACUGCCCUUCCCGCCCAUGUUGACAACUCUGUCUUGCUUUGUCCACUUGUCAGUUGUCAGCCACAGAUUCAGACCAGUGGCUCCAGCCUCGCCGCCCUCCAUCCCGUACGGGCGAUGGACACGACGCUCCGAGAGGAUUGA